UUGUACCUUGAGUCUAAAUGGAAGAGUAUCUUCCUCGGGACAGAAAACGUAAAGCUGGUUUGAAAGUUACAACACAGAUCAGUGCCGUACCGAGUACUAGAGAGAACUGAGUAAUCGUGUAUGAUUCUAAUGCAAGUGCGACUGAACUCGAAAUAAAUUGCAUUUUUUCUGUUAAAUUCAGUUAGUUGAAACAUAUUUUAAUUUAAUUUUCGCAAACAUGAUCAACACGGGAAAAUUGGCCGGCCGUACUAUUUUCAUAACUGGUGCAUCUCGAGGCAUUGGCAAAGCCAUCGCACUGAAAGCAGCCCAGGAUGGUGCUAAUAUUGUCGUAGCAGCAAAGACAGCUGAACCACAUCCCAAAUUACCUGGAACAAUCUUCACUGCAGCCGCUGAAAUUGAAGCCGCUGGAGGAAAAGCCCUACCUUGUGUGGUUGAUGUACGCGACGAGAAUGCAGUACGGACCGCUGUCAAGAAUGCAGUGGAGAAAUUCGGCGGUAUCGACAUUUUGGUUAACAAUGCUAGUGCUAUUUCUCUGACACCAACUGAGCAGACCGACAUGAAGCGAUACGAUUUGAUGCACAAUAUCAAUACUCGUGGAACAUUUUUGGUAUCCAAAGAAUGCAUUCCAUACCUGAAGAAUAGUAACCAUGCUCAUAUUCUGAACAUUUCUCCCCCACUGAACAUGAGUGCGCAUUGGUUCAGUAAUCAUGUGGCAUACACCAUGGCAAAGUAUGGUAUGUCGAUGUGCGUUCUGGGCAUGGCAGAAGAGUUCAAAAAGGACAAUGUAGCGGUGAACGCAUUGUGGCCUCGCACUGCUAUCUACACUGCAGCAAUGGAAAUGCUUACCGGCAAGGAGAGUAACCAGUUCUCCCGUAAACCAGAAAUCAUGAGCGAUGCCGCAUACGCUAUACUUUGCAAGGAACCAAAAAAUUGCACAGGAAACUUUCUCAUUGAUGAUGAAGUUCUGCAAGCCGCUGGAAUCACUGAUAUGAAGCAGUACGCUUGCAUUCCAGAAAAUGCCGAUAAGUUAAUGCCCGAUUUCUUCCUUGAUGUGGCACCGGAGAAAUUAGUGGAGUUUGCAGCUGAGGGUAGUCAUGCCGCAUCGUUGAAGAAAGCUGCCGCUCCGGCUGGGAAAAUUGAAGGCCUGUUUCAGAAAAUUGAGUCCCUCUUGAGUGAUGAAAUCGUGAAGAAAACGGGAGCUGUGUUCGAAUUCAAUGUCAAAGGCGAAGAAGCCGGCUUGUGGUUUGCGGAUUUGAAGAAUGGAAUAGGAAAAGUAGGAAAGGGAAAGUCUCCAGUGGCUGCCGACGCCACUCUUACCAUGGAUUCGAAGCACUUCUUCGAUAUGUUCAGCGGAAAGCUGAAGCCAGCUAGUGCAUUCAUGACCGGAAAGCUUAAGAUUUCUGGCGAUUUGCAGAAAGCGAUGAAACUUGAGAAGUUGAUGGGUGGACUCAAGUCAAAGUUGUAAGUAUUUCAUUUUUGGUGGACUUGUUAAUUAGCAAUAUAUAUUGAAAAAAGAAUAAAAUGUUUGAUGAAUUUUAUAUC